GAUCCCGACACAGAGGGCCAGAUCACCAAUCCUUGCUUUUUCUGCUUGCCAUCUGAGGCCAACGCCAACGUUAGCGGCCGCACUCCGGACCGGAUAGGCCCUGCGUUUCGACCGUGGCCACCCAGGCGCGUGGCCCGCUAAGAGGCGCUGGUUCUUCCCUCGCCCCACCCUCUUUCUCCCCUUGACGGAAACAACAGCUGCGGCAACGGGGCUGGCGCCGCCUCCCUCCACCUACCACGUCUACCCCCGCCAGUCCCGCCCGGCGCCUCAACCCGGCCCUGGCGCCUCCGCCUACCCGCUAGGUCAGCCGGCAGCUCCGCCUGGCUGCCGCCCAGGAUGAACAUUAUGGACUUCAAUGUGAAGAAGUUGGCGGCCGACGCGGGCACUUUCCUCAGUCGUGCCGUGCAGUUCACGGAGGAAAAGCUUGGCCAGGCAGAGAAGACAGAAUUGGAUGCUCACUUAGAGAACCUCCUUAGCAAAGCUGAAUGUACCAAAAUAUGGACAGAAAAAAUACUGAAACAAACUGAAGUGUUAUUGCAGCCAAAUCCAAAUGCCAGGAUAGAAGAAUUUGUUUAUGAGAAACUGGAUAGAAAAGCUCCAAGUCGUAUAAACAACCCAGAACUUUUGGGACAAUAUAUGAUUGAUGCAGGGACUGAAUUUGGCCCAGGAACAGCUUAUGGUAAUGCUCUUAUUAAAUGUGGAGAAACACAAAAACGAAUUGGAACUGCAGACAGAGAGCUGAUUCAAACAUCAGCUUUAAACUUUCUCACUCCUUUAAGAAACUUUAUAGAAGGAGAUUACAAAACAAUCGCUAAAGAAAGGAAACUAUUACAAAAUAAGAGACUGGAUUUGGAUGCUGCAAAAACCAGAUUAAAAAAGGCAAAAGCUGCAGAAACUAGAGCUUCAUCUGAACAGGAAUUAAGAAUAACUCAAAGUGAAUUUGAUCGUCAGGCAGAGAUUACCAGACUUCUGCUAGAGGGAAUCAGCAGUACACACGCCCAUCACCUCCGCUGUCUGAAUGACUUCGUAGAAGCCCAGAUGACUUACUAUGCACAGUGUUACCAGUACAUGUUAGACCUCCAGAAACAACUGGGAAGUUUCCCUUCCAAUUAUCAUUGUAACAACAAUCAGACUCCUGUGGCACCUGUACCAUCUGCUUCAUCAAAUGUGAUUGGGUCUUCUGCCUUGACUUCAACAAGUGGCCUAGUAAUGACCUCUCCUUCCAACCUUAUUGACCUUAAGGAGGGCAGUGGCAGCAGGAAGGCCAGGGUUCUGUAUGAUUAUGAUGCUGCAAACAGUAGUGAACUAUCACUUCUGGCAGAUGAGGUGAUCACUGUGUUCAGUGUUGCCGGGAUGGAUUCAGACUGGCUGAUGGGGGAAAGGGGGAAUCAGAAGGGCAGGGUGCCAAUAACCUACUUAGAGCUGCUCAAUUAAGUAGGUGGACUGUGGAAAGGUUAUCCAUCAUGACACCAUAUUUAUAUACAAUUAACUCUAAAUAAAACAGGUUUAGUAUCUUCCAUGUUAAUGUCUUAAAAGACUGAAAAGAGAAUACCAGCCAUCAGAAACCAACUUUCUGCCAAUAAACUUGCAUGGUAACUAUUUCAUUACAGAAUUUGUGUUAGAGCUUUUGUGCCAAGAAUGUUUUCUUACAAAAUUCUCUUUCUACUGAGGUUUCACUAAUAAGCAGCUUCUACUUUUGAGCCCCAACUUAAAGCAGAACUGUUUUCUACUGAAUUUUUCAUUAAUGGCAAGCUUUUUCUUUUAUGUAAAAUAAAUUUAUUGUGAAUUGAUAUCAGUGACUCAUUUAUUAGGUAUAGCCAAAGAAUAAAAUUAAAACUUGUUUUUAACUGUUCAUUUCAAAAGACAUCUAAGAUAUAAACCUCUUUUAUGAAGACUAUGUUUCUGAAUGUUUCCAAGAACAGAAAUCCAAUUAUACCAUGUUUACCUUGUUUUCCAACAGAAACUGAAUGAUUUCAGUACCGUAUUUUGAUGGGUUAUUGGGGGUUUUUUUGUUUAUUUUAUUAAGCACUACUGAAUGAUUUCUUUUAAACUUAAGAACAACUAGUCUUUCAAAAGCGUUACCAUACUUCUGUGGUAUAUUUGCAGUCAAGAUUGUAAAACAAGUUUAGUUCUAAGCAAUGUUUUAAGAUUGUUCAAUUCGCGCAAUUUAAUACAUGAGUAGAACUGGACUCAUUUAAGAACAUUCUGCAGUAAAGAGAAUUUUUUCUUAUUGAAUAACACAUCUUUAUAAAAAUACAGAGUAGUGCAACUCCAUUCAUCAUAGAGUAAAUUGCACACAAUCCACUUUUGGUUACUCAGAGCCUACUAAAAAAAUAUUGAAAAUUUAUUAAUAAACUUAGGUUAUCUUGAUCAGGAUCUUUAGUUUUGAAAUAUACACAAGUAAAAUGUCUAGCGACACACUCUGAGUCAGAAAACUGUUGUUUGGACCAUUGCUAUAAAUGAACAGAUUGUUUCCAUGUUAGGACUUCUGCUAUCAUUCUUAUUCAUUCAUAAAUACUUCUUGAGGUCCAGGUACCAUGUUGAUCAACAGGGGACACUACCCUGAACAAGCUGUAGAACUAGUGUUAAUGACAGGAUAGAGGAAAUAUAGGGGGCUGUGUUUGGGAGCUUUGGGAGUCACCUAAUUCAGAUUUGAUGAGUGGGAGCUAGUUUGGAGAAGAAAUGUUUUAGAGGGAAAAAAGAUGUGCCAGGCCUAGAGCCAAAAGAGUAUCACAUUCUGGCAACUAAAAAUAUUUUGUUCAGUCAGACUUACUACACAUGAAGUACAAAGAUGUAGCUCAUGUCUUGAGGGAAUGUUAAUGUAGCAAAAUGAUAAAUACUUAACAAAAGAAUAUUUGAAUAUGGUGUUUAACAGUUCCUAACAAGAGCUUGGUAAACAUAUUGAUAGUUUAGGUCACAGUCCAAAUUUUAACAGUAGUUUUUACCCGUUUACUUUGGUGCUAUGAGACAAAUUCCUCUGUGAUAUUAUAGUUGUCUAAGAGACUCUGAUUAGCACCGGGAAUUGCCGUACUCUUAACCCCAAAGUCUGCUGAAGCUGGCUAAUUAGCUAUUAACCAAGUGAGCAAGGCUUUUUUUCCAUAGAAGGGAAAUUCUACAGACAGCCUAGCUGUCUAUUAUGCUAUGUAAGCCCAGAUAUACAUACAUAUAUCAUUAUACCAACUUAAAAAGCAACUAUAAAUUAGUUUUAUAGGAGGUAGAGUAGUAAAGGGGAAAGUAUGGACCCUGGAAUCGAAUGGGCCUGGAUUCAGAUCCAGUCUUCAUACCGUGCUCAUUGACCUUUGGUUCAAAUCAUGUGUAAACUGCAAUUUCCUUAUUAGUUAAAUGUGGAUAAUUAUGCCACCUUAAUAUUAUUAUCUUACAUGCUAGGCAAUUUUUAGGGAGAGCUUUGGCACAUAGUAGACACACUCCCUAAGUACCAGUCUCCCUUUAUUCACCCUCACAGCUUCCUGGCCAACAAGGUUAGGCCUCCUUUAUGACGGCGCCCGAGACUCCUCUUUCACACACGUGAUCUGAUCUCUUCUACCCCGUCCUCCGCCAUCUUUAAAUCAGACUCAGAUCCAGUUUAACCUCACCACAGUCAGUGGGAGUUUUUAUCAGAACCUUUUGCUUCCCAGUAAAUGAAUAUUGACUAUAGGAACCCAGUAACGUACAUUAGCCUUCAAUAAUAUUAAGGUUCAAAGGCUUCUUGUGCCUUUGUCUAUCACAAAUCUACCACAACACGUGGACUUGCUCUUCUGUUUAUUGGUUUAUAUUUUAAUGGGGUUGUGUGUGAUUCAUUGUUUCGGGGGGGAGGAGAAAGGGGGGCUUGGUUGGUUUUAUUUUGGUUUGGGCUUAUUUUAUAAAGUCAUAGGUUUAAUUUUUACUCAGGUAAAGACCUAAAAAUGUUCUUAGGCAUGGAAGAAAAGCUUGGAAAGACUAUUAAUUCAUGGUGCAAUUUAGAAUUAUUUAAAUAAACUCUGUGCCUCUGAGCUUGGGUAUAGUAUAUGCAUUUGAAAAAUAUACAUGUGAAUAAAAUAAACUUGGAAAUAAUUGUAGGCUCUUUUACAAACAAAAAUAAGUGAUUGAAUUGUCUCUACUUUUGUUCUCUAAGUAAUCUAACCUAAAAGGCCAUGGUGUUAAAUAGUUUUUUUAUGGUGCUAAUUAAAAUAAUUCAUAUUUUAGGAGAUUAGGUCCCAAAAAUGGGAAUGUGCCUCACUCUGGAUAACACGAGAAAUAAGAAACCUGAAUCCAGUGGGUUAGAAUCCACUCUCAUAGUUGCUAUUACCCUUCACCAGAACAAACGAACAGAACAUGAAUGCAAGAGCUGGUGCUGGGAGGACAUUCCUGAGAUAAACUAGGGAAGGAGACGGAGUGCAGGACAAGAAGCAACAGCUUUGUUUACUUAGGCUCAGCUUAACUCCAUGCUUUGUUGACAGGGUUCCUCAAAAAUCUCUACUGUGCCUCCCAAAUGCCUGAAAUUUUUAAACAUGUUACCAGGGUGAGGAGCCAUCAUAGAUGGGUGGCUUUGCAAUUUGACCUACAGCUGGCUUUGUCUCAAUCCCUUCUCCAGAUGAAUAAGUAGCUCUUAACCUCAUGAGACUCAAAAGGGGAGGAGGGACUUUCAAGAGCACAGCUGCCCUUUCUCCCACAUUGCCCUAAUUAAAGGCCACUCAGUAGGGCAGUGGUUCUCAGUGUGAGACCCCAAGGCAGGCAAUGUCAGCAUCACCUAGGAACUUGUUAACAGUGCUAAUUCAUGGUUCCAAGUACUUUUUCUACCUUUAUUUGUGCUGAUAUUUUUGUCUUCAAGAGGCUGUAGAACUAGUCUUAGUUCUUCACGCAACACUUUUUUUAAUCACCUAAGGACACUUUUUCCUUUUCUUUUUUUUUUUUAGAGAAAGGGAGGGGGAGAGAGAACAUCGAUGUGUUGCCUCUCACAAGCUCCCCCACUGGGGAUCAAACCCACAACCUUUUGGUACAUGGGGUGACCGUCUGACCAACUUAGCCAUACUGGCCAGGGCACAUUUUUAAGAUUCUAAGACAAAAGCUGUCUUGACUGUGUUCUAGCACUAAUCAAAAUUUUAAUUAUAUAGUUAGUUUAUAAUUUAUUUCUUUAGUAUAUAUCAAUCACUUCAGAAUGUAGACUCCCUGAGAUAGAGGCCAUAAUUCUUUUGGUCACAGUUUUAGCACAAGACCUAGCACAUAGUAUAUACUCAAUAAAUAUUUGUCAAACAAAAGAAAAAAAAUGGAAUUGCUAAGCUUUAUCCAAGAUCUGAAUCAAACCUGGGGGUAGGACCUAGCAAAUUGUUUUUACAAGGCAUAUGGGUGGUGGUUCCACCAUAAAGGUAGAGAACAAAGAAAACUUGCCUCUCACCUUCAGGCCUGUUAUCUGACAUCACGAGAAAUCCGUGUCUUCUGCACCUACACCAAAAACAGUGCUGUCUUAAGUUUAAAGGAAACUUGCUAGGCAAUAUUAUAAGUAGAUGUGAAGGUAGAGGUAUGUUUAGCUAAGUAAGGGAAAUAGUGUUUGGAAUGCUACUACUUGGUUGCUGUGGGGAGUCACUAGGAAUGGAUUUCUUAGUCUGAAGAAGGAAGAAGGAUAAGCACUACUACCACCCCUGAUUCUAGUCAGGACAGUGACAAUUUAACAUCCAAGCACCCUGACAAAUCACUAAAGUAACACAAGACUAAUAUGAACAUCUCUAUGACUCAGGUUGCUAAGCUCUGCUCUCGUUUCCACCUCAAAGGAGACUUUUUAAGAAUUGUUAAUGCUGUGUUAAUAAUGCAAGUCAGAUGUGUUGGUAAAAAGGAAAAAAAUGAAAAUAUAGUUUAAAAGAUAAAAAUUACCUAUAAUACCACCAUCCAGGGAGAACUGUUAUUUAGGUCUAUAGCCUCCUAGACUCGCUUUUAUAGAUUUUUUAAAAUGGGAUCAAUUUGUGCAUACUGUUUUGUAACUUUUUCACUUGAUAAUACCAUGACUAUUCUUUCAUGCCAAAUGUGUUCCUACAUCUUUUUAGUGGCUGCAUGGUAUUCCAUCAUAUGUGCCACAUUUUAUUAAACUACUGUUGAUUUUUAGGUUGUUUGUAAUU